AUGGCCCAGUAUGGCCAGUGGAAAAAACUAGCAGGGGGUGCAGUCUCACUGUGGAUUACCGCCAAUGGAAUGUAUGUUGCUCCAGUGGCCCUGGCUAUUGGAGACUUUGUGGCUGUAAACGAACGCACAGCACAGACUGAUGGCACUGGGAGCCACCGACCUGUGGAGUUCAACCCUGACUUCAUAGUGCGCAUGAUACCCAAAGUGGAGUGGGCGGCGCUUCUGGAGGUUGUGGACACCCUGCAUCUGAUCAAGGUGCCUAAAGAGCUGAUUCAGGGAUACGAGCAUAACGAGGAAUUUCUGAGAAAGAUGCACCACGUGCUGCUGGAGGUGGAGGUGUUGGAGGGCACCCUGCAAUGUCCAGAGUUGGGAAAUCUACUCCCCAUCAGCCAUGGGAUCCCCAAUAUGCUGCUGAGCAAUGAGGAAACUGAGACUUAA